CCUGCUUCUGGCCCCCUGGUCACCUCUCUGCACACUUGUUCCCUCUGCACCCUGGUUCAGCUGUUCUCUCAGCAGCUGAGGAGCACAGAAGCUCAUGUCUGACCUUCCAGUCAUGACCAGGAUCAGAACAUCCCUCCUCUUGUUGAUGGCCUCGGCUUCUUCUCUCUGCUUCAAUUUGGACACAGACCAGCCAACAAUCUUCCUUAUGGACAGUGCUGGAUUUGGACACAGCGUGGUCCAGUAUGGCAAUACCUGGGUGGUGGUUGGAGCCCCCCAGGAGAUAGAGCGUACCAACCAAACAGGCAGUCUCUACCGGUGUGACUACAGCAUGGGCAAGUGUGAGCCCAUCCACCUGCAGAUCCCCCCAGAAGCUGUGAACAUGUCCCUGGGCCUGUCCCUGGCAGCCUCCACUAGUCCCUCUCAGCUGCUGGCCUGUGGCCCCACAGUGCACCAUGCGUGCAGGGACAACGUGUACCUGACGGGGUUCUGCUUCCUGAUGGGCUCCUCUUCUUGGCAAGCCCAGAGGCUCCCGGCUGCCCUGCAGGAGUGUCCAAGGCAAGAGCAGGAUAUCGUGUUCCUGAUCGAUGGCUCGGGCAGCAUCUCCUUCCCCGAUUUUGCCAAGAUGCUGAAUUUUGUGAAGACUGUGAUGAGCCAGUUCCAGAAACCCAGCACCCAGUUCUCCCUGAUGCAGUUUUCCAACAAGUUCCGGGAGCACUUCACUUUCAAAAAGUUCACAGACAGCUCAAACCCACUAGCGCUUUUGGAUUCUGUGGACCAGCUGGGAGGGUAUACUCACACAGCCACAGCCAUCCGAAUGGUCACAAACGAACUGUUCACUACCUCAAAAGGAGCCCGAAAAGAUGCCUCCAAGAUCCUCAUUGUCAUCACAGAUGGGCAAAAACAAGGCGACCGCCUGGGUUAUGAGGAUGUCAUCCCUAUGGCUGAGGCUGCGGGUAUCAUCCGCUAUGCAGUUGGGGUGGGAUCAGCUUUUCGAAACCAACGUUCCUGGAAAGAGUUAAAUGACAUUGCAUCGAAGCCCUCACAGGAGUACAUUUUUAGAGUGGAGAAUUUUGAUGCUUUGAGAGACAUUCAAAACCAACUAAAAGAGAAGAUCUUUGCCAUUGAGGGUACGCAGACCAUAAGCAGUAGUUCCUUUGAACUGGAGAUGUCCCAGGAGGGCUUCAGUGCUGUGAUCACACCUGAUGGACCAGUUCUGGGGGCAGUGGGGAGCUUCGGCUGGUCUGGAGGUGCCUUCCUGUACCCCCAAAACCAAAGCCCCACUUUCAUCAACAUGUCUCAAGAGAAUGUGGACAUGAGGGACUCUUACCUGGGUUACUCCACUGAGCUGGCCUUUUGGAAGGGGGUCCCCAGCCUGAUCCUGGGGGCCCCCCGCCAUCAGCAUACUGGGAAGGCUGUCAUCUUCACCAAGACGUCUGGGCAAUGGAGGCCGAAGGCUGAAGUCGCAGGGACUCAGAUCGGCUCUUACUUUGGGGCCUCCCUCUGCACUGUGGAUGUGGAUAGAGACGGCAGCUCUGACCUGGUCCUCAUCGGGGCUCCUCAUUACUACAAGCCAACCCGAGGGGGGCAGGUGUCUGUGUGCCCCUUGCCCCAGGGGAGGGCUAAGUGGCAAUGUGAGGCCAUUCUCUUUGGGGAGCAAGGCCACCCCUGGGGCCGCUUUGGGGCAGCGCUGACGGUGCUGGGGGAUGUGAAUGGGGACAAGCUGACGGACGUGGCCAUCGGGGCCCCAGGAGAGCAGGAGAGCCGGGGUGCUGUCUACCUAUUUCAUGGAACCUCAGGGCUGGGCAUCAGCCCCUCCCACAGUCAGAGGAUCUCAGCCUCCCAGCUCUCUCCCAGCCUCCAGUAUUUUGGGCAGUCACUGAGUGGGGGCCAAGACCUUACUCUGGAUGGACUGGUGGACCUGGCCGUGGGGGCCCAGGGACAGGCGCUGCUGCUCAGGACCAGACCUGUACUCAGGGUGUGGAUGCGAAUCCAAUUCAGACCUGCAGAGAUAGCCAGGUCUUUGUUUGAGUGUCGGGAAGAGACCUCUGUCAACGCACUGGGUGAUGCUAAUGUCUGUCUUCGUAUUUAUGAAAGUCCCAAGAAUCGACUGGGUGACAUCCAAAGCUCUGUGACCUUUGACCUAACCCUCGACCCUGGCCGCCAGAGUCCCCGUGCCAUCUUUGAGGAGACAAAAACAUGGAAUCUUACUCGUGUCCGAGUCCUUGGGCUGAGUCAACACUGUGAGACUGUGAAGUUGCGCCUCCUGGCCUGCGUGGAGGACACGGUGACCCCCAUCGCCUUGCGUCUCAACUUCUCCCUGGUGGGCAAGCCUAUACUUUCCUUUGGAAAUCUCCAGCCUAUGUUGGCUAUGGAUGCUCAGAGAUAUUACACAGCCUCUCUCCCCUUUGAGAAGAAUUGUGGAACUGACCAUGUCUGUCAGGAUGACCUUGGCAUCUCCUUUGGCUUCUCAGGCUUGAAGACCCUGUUGGUGGGGAGUACCCUGGAGCUGAAUAUGACAGUGAUGGUGUGGAAUGAUGGUGAGGACUCCUAUGGAACCACAGUCACCUUCUUCUACCCUCCGGGGUUGUCUUAUCGACGUGUGGCAGAGAGCAAGAACCAGCUGCAGCCACACUCCCCACGCCUGACCUGUGAUGGCAACCCAGCCCAGGGCCAGGGUACUCAGAGCACUCGCUGCAGCAUCAACCACCUCAUCCUCCAUGAGGGUGCCCGGAUCACUUUCCUGGUCACCUUUGAUGUCUCCCCCAAGGCCAUGCUCGGGGACCGGCUGCUUCUGACCGCUAAUGUGAGCAGUGAAAAUAACACUCCCAGGACCAGCAAGAGCACCUUUCAGAUGGAGCUCAUGGUGAAGUAUGCCAUCUACACCGUGAUUAGCAGCCUUGAACAGUCCACCAAGUACCUCAACUUCUCAGCCUCAGACCAGGAGGAAAGCAGCCAGGCUCAGCAUAGAUACCAGGUGAACAACUUGGGACAGAGGGACCUGCCUAUCAGCAUCAUCUUCUCUGUGCCUGUGAAGCUGAAUGGAGUACCUGUGUGGACAGAGUUAGAGGUCUUCCACCCCCAGAAUCCCUCCAUUCAGUGCUCUUCAGAGAGAAUAGUUCACACAAAGUCUGACUUCCUGACCAAAAAUCAGAAGAGUUAUGUGCUGGACUGCUCCAUUGCUGACUGUCUGAGGUUCUGUUGUGACCUCCCUUCCUUUGGCAUCCAGGAGGAACUUGACUUCAUCCUGAAGGGCAACAUCAGUUUUGGUUGGGUUAGCCAGACAUUGCAGAAGAAGGUAUCUGUGGUGAGUGUGGCUGAAAUCACGUUCAACAGAUCCGUGUAUUCCCAGCUUCCAGGACAGGAGGCAUUCUUGAGAGCUCAGAUGGAGACGGUGCUGGAGAAGUAUGAGGUCUACAAUCCUAUCCCCAUCAUUGUGGGCAGCUCUGUGGGAGGACUGCUGCUGCUGGCUCUCAUCACAGCCGUCCUGUACAAGGUUGGCUUCUUCAAGCGUCAGUAUAAAGAAAUGAUGGCAGAAGCAAGUGGACAGACUGUCCCAGAAAAUGGGACUUCUGACCCUCAAGUUACCCAAUAAGAAACUACCUCCUAUUGUCCCUUGAACCUGUUAUCUUCUGAGAAGCUUUCUUGUUCUCUUACAACCACCAAAGUUAGGCCUACAGGAGGAGAAAUGCUCCACAUGAGUGAGGCUAAGGUCAAGCUGAUUUCUCCCUUUGGGAGGAUGCAGUGUGUCCACACUACAUGCCUUGCCUGGGGAGGGCCAUUUGUCCUGUCAAGGUUGUAAUUGGAAACCCCAAAACGGGAUUCUAACCAUGCCCACAUGCCAUGACUUGCUCUGUGCCUCCCCAUCAUCCUUAUUCCUAGUAAAAUCCUAUCAAUAUUAGCCCUUUGUCUCAGGGAUCUAGGUCCAGAUUUCCCAACCUGAACUGGAAAUAAAAUGUCUGCACACUGGAAUUUGUAAA